AUGUCCAGUUGCACCCCAUACAGUCGCUGUUCUCUGCACGGAUUGACUCUACAUAUAUGUUGCUGUCAUUCCUUGAACCUGGUUUCAGGCACAUUUGCCGGUGACUCUAGCGGGCUGAAUCGCGAUUAUUUCUUUGUAAGUCCGGUGGAGGUGGACUCCCUGGGCAGCUACGUCUCCCAUGACAUGACCAGGCACAGCCGCAGCCGCCGGUCUGUUGCGGAGACGCCGGGCCCCGUGCACUACCGUAUGUCUGCGUUCGGCCAGGACUGGCACCUGGAGCUGACGCCGUCGGCCGUGCUGGCCCCCGGCUUCACCGUGCAGACGCUGGGGUCAAAGGGCAUCACCACGGAGACGCCUGACCCUGCCAUUCACGGAUGCCUCUAUCAAGGGAUUAUACGCAACCAAAUGGAGUCUUCGGCAGCUAUAUCUACCUGCACAGGACUGUCAGGUCUGAUUCGGACGUCGGACGAGGAGUACUUCAUCUCACCGCUGCCUCAGCACCUGGCCACCCGGCACAACUACAGCAACCCUAGUGGCCACCAUGCACACGUCAUCUACAAGCGCUCGGCCGAAGGACACGUCCAUGGUGACAGUACCCCGCGGCCUCCCAACCUGUACUUCCAUCCCAGCCGUCGCCAGCGGCAACAUCGCCACGGGCCCCACGGACAUGAACACCAUCUCCAUGACUACCAGCAUGGGAAUCUGCAGAGACAACACUUCUGUGGACGCCGCAAGCAAUAUACUCCCAAGCCUCCCAUCGAGGAUCUUUUCGUCAUGCCUGAUGAGUUUGAGCAACCAGGCCGAACCAAACGCUCGCCCAUCACGUCCAACAAGGUGGGGGGCCUGAAUGUGGAGACCCUGGUAGUGGCCGACAAGCAGAUGCUGGAGAAGCACGGCCGUGAGAACGUCACCACCUACGUGCUCACUGUCAUGAACAUGGUCUCCAGUCUGUUCAGGGAUGGGACCAUCGGCACAGAUAUCAACAUAGUUGUUGUCAGCCUGCUGCUCCUGGAGCAGGAACCGCUGGGCCUGUCUAUCACUCACCAUGCUGACCAGUCCCUGAACAGCUUCUGUCAGUGGCAGUCCGGUCUGAUGGACAAGAGUGGGAAGCGGCACGACCACGCUGUGCUCCUGACCGGCCUGGACAUCUGCUCCUGGAAGAACGAGCCCUGUGACACCCUGGGCUUUGCUCCCAUUAGUGGGAUGUGCAGUAAGUACCGGAGCUGCACCAUCAACGAGGACACGGGUCUGGGUCUGGCUUUCACCAUCGCACACGAGUCUGGACACAAUUUUGGGAUGAUCCAUGACGGAGAGGGGAAUCCCUGUCGGAAGGCCGAGGGGAACAUCAUGUCCCCCACGCUGGCUGGGAAUAAUGGAGUCUUCUCCUGGUCCGCCUGCAGCCGCCAGUACCUCAACCGCUUCCUUGGGACGGCGCAGGCCUCCUGUCUGGUGGAUGAGCCGCGGCACAUGGGGCAGUACAAAUACCCGGAGCAGCUCCCAGGCCAGCUCUAUGACGCCGACACGCAGUGCAAGUGGCAGUUUGGCGCCAAGGCCAGGCUGUGCAACCUGGACUUCGUUAAGGACAUCUGUAAAUCACUGUGGUGCCAUCGGACAGGACACAGGUGUGAAACCAAGUUUAUGCCUGCUGCAGAGGGGACUAUUUGUGGCCCUGAAAUGUGGUGUCGGCGUGGACAGUGUGUGAAGUUCGGUGAUAACGGUCCCAGAGCUGUGGAUGGCCAGUGGUCAGGCUGGUCCGAGUGGUCCGACUGUUCCAGGACCUGCGGAGGAGGCGUGAUGCACCGCGAGCGCUCCUGCAACAGCCCCAGCCCACAGUACAACGGGAAGUUCUGCGCAGGUGCCAGCCGCCUGUACCAGCUGUGCAACACCAAGCCCUGCCAGGCCAACGCCGUAGACUUCCGCGCCCAGCAGUGUGCCGAGUACAACAGCAAGCCUUUCAGGGGCUGGUACUACAAGUGGAAGCCUUACACCAAGGUGGAAGACGAGGACAUCUGCAAACUGUACUGCAUCGCAGAGGACUUUGACUUCUUCUUCGCCAUGUCCAGCAAGGUGAAGGACGGGACCUCGUGCUCGGACCACAGGGCCGACGUGUGCAUCGAGGGCAUAUGUGAGUCGGUGGGCUGUGAUCAGGUGCUCGGGUCCAAAGCUUCCCUGGAUGCUUGUGGUGUGUGCAAAGGAGACAACACCACAUGCGAGUUCCACAGAGGGCAGUACACCUUGCAGCACAGGGCCAAUGGUAAGUAUCCCUGUAUUACUAACUCCAGUGGCUCAUUCCUGUAGGGGCCGCAGCGCAAUGCACGGGAGAUGGAGGUUUCCACCAGCUACCUGGCUGUGCGUAGCCUCGCUUGGGAAUACCACCUGACGGGCGAUUGGACAGUGGACUGGCUGGGCAAGUUCCGCUCUGAGGCUCUCUUCCAUUACCAGCGCUCCUUCAGCCUCCCAGAGAGCCUGCACACCGCUGGGCCCACUAAUGCAGAGUAUCUCCUGAUCCUGCUCCAGGGCAAGAACCCAGGAGUGAUGUGGGAGUACACCUUACCCCUCCCAGAGAGGAAACCCAACUACACAUGGGGAGUGGUGCGCUCCGACUGCUCUGCUCCUUGUGCCGGAGGACGAGUCUCAACAAAAGCCAUCUGUCUGGAGGACCAGCGAGUGCAGGUCAACGGCACGCUGUGCAACCCGCAGACCAGACCCGUGCUGGGCUCGCACCUCUGCAACACACAACCCUGCCCGGCCUACUGGACGACUGGCAAAUGGGGAGCCUGCAGCCGCACGUGUGGGGGCGGGCAGCAGACGCGGCACAUCCGAUGCAUGAGGAAGGUCACCUACCAGCGGGACGAGGUUGCCCCCCACUCGCUCUGCCCUGUGAUGGCCCCCGCCCAAGUGCAGCCCUGCAACACCCACACCUGCCCCCCGGAGUGGGGCACAGGUUCCUGGUCACAGUGCUCGAAGACGUGCGGGCGCGGAGUGCACAAGCGCAGCGUCUUCUGCCGCAGCACGGACCCUGGGGCCAGGGCGGUGGUGGUGCCGGACAGCAUGUGCAAGCUGCACCACAAGCCCAAAGCUCAGGAGACGUGUGUCCUCGCCCGCUGCCCCAAGAAUGACCGUCUACAGUGGGUCACCACCGCCUGGGGCGAGUGCUCGGCGUCGUGUGGGACGGGUCUGCGCCGGCGUGAGCUUCACUGCGGGGAGCGCGACUUCAGAGGGGGCUACGUGGAGUUCCCUAUCAGGAGGUGCCGGAACCUGCCCAAACCCCCUGCCGAGCUCCAGCAGCCCUGCAGCCGAGGGCCAUGCCCACAGCCCCCUCCACAGCUCCAGCCUCAGCUCCAGCCUCCUCAUCACGCUCCGGGACGGACACCCAGUGCCGUGGUGCUUGGCUGGUACUCUUCACCCUGGCAGCAGUGUUCCGUGUCCUGUGGCGGAGGGGUGCAGACGCGCACCACCCAGUGUCUGCGGCAGGGUCCGCCCUCGGCCGGCUGUCUGGCCCACCAGAGGCCAGUGAGCUCCAGGGCCUGCAACACGCACUUCUGCCCUGCUCCAGCCCCAGCUCCUGCUCCAGCUGCCCCACUGCCCGGGCCUCCGCGGAAAGAGGAGAAGCCUUGCUUGGACUUCUUUGGCUGGUGCCACUUGGUUCCUCAACAUGGCGUAUGCAAUCACAAGUUCUACGGGGAGCAGUGUUGCAAGUCCUGCUCCAUGAAAAAACAGUGAUUGUGAAAACGUCACCAAUACACAAAAAAACUCAAUUUCCCAUGAGUAGCUCCACACAGACUCCUAUCCACAGACCCUUGUCUUAUCGAUUCAAAAUGGAUGACGCAAUUGAUGGAUGUUAUGGAUGAACGCUAUGGAGUUGAGAGGUUGGCUCAGUCGUUGACACAGAUCAUGGAGGCAAUGCAGUCUUUGCCUUCUUGGAGUACUUGAUGGUGAGAAGAAUGGAUGAGAAAGAAACAGUGCAGGGACAAUGCCCCUUCCAUCUUCCAUCUUCUCUUGGCAAAACUGAUCUCAAGUGGAUGCUUCUUGUGUUUUAUUUUUUUUUUGUCUUUGUGUUUUAUUUUGAGCAUUCACUUUUAAGUCUUUUUGAGAACUCCUGAGGACAUCUGUGUAUCAACUCCGUUUUAUAUACACGUACAUGUAUAUUUAAAUGAGCCUGUAUACAGCAGGACAUUUUUAAUUUUUAAGUUAUUCUGUUUCCCGUGUGAUUGUGCAUGUCUGAUGUACUGUAGCCUAUGUCUGGUACGUGUUGGGAACUUAUUAUCAAAUCAUGUCUUAGCAGUAUGGAUUCAUGGAUGCACUAAUGCCACCUGGUUUACCUAAUGUUCUUCCAUUGCUGGUGCUUUUUUAAUGAUAGCGAGGUACGCUUCAGUGACCCAUUUCUAUAUGUUUGUCAUGUUGUGUAAUUUUUGUUUAGAGUAAGAAACAUUUCCCUGGCCUUUGGAAUCCUUAACAAACUAAACAAAAAAUGUGGGUCCUCCUUCGAUCCUCUGAGCCAGCACAUAGGACUGGACCCUUUCUGUUUGCCUCUUUUUUACAAUCAUGUCGAGGUAUCAAAUAAUCCCUCUCCUGGGGAUGUGUGAGGUCACUGAUUGCCACCUGGUCACACAACCUCCAUAUAAUGUCUUCAUCUAA